AUCAGUAAUUAGCAAGAGGUAGAGAGAGAGAGAGAUGGGGUUUGUGGAUCUGCUCUCUGCUGCUUCUAUGCCUGUUCUGAAAGUACUCAUAAUCACUGCACUUGGUUCAUUUCUUGCCAUGCAUCAUAUUGAUAUUUUGGGACAAACUACAAGGAAGCAACUCAAUAAUAUUGUCUUCUUUGUUUUCAAUCCUGCACUUGUGGCUACCAACCUGGCUACAACAAUCACUUAUGAAAGCAUCGUAUCCAUGUGGUUUAUGCCUGUAAAUAUUCUUGCAACAUUCAUAAUCGGAUCAGCACUUGGAUGGAUGCUUAUCGUCAUUGCUACACCACCUCAACAUCUAAAGGGCCUCAUUCUUGGGGCCUGUGCUGCAGGAAACCUGGGAAACUUGCCUUUGAUUAUAAUCCCAGCUGUAUGCAAAGAGGAAGGUAGUCCUUUUGGAGAUCCUGAUGUUUGCCAUCACUAUGCCAUGGCUUAUGCUUCACUAUCUUUGGCUAUUGGAGCCGUGUUUCUGUGGGCUUAUGUUUACAACCUAGUACGGGUUUUCUCCGCCCAAGAUUCCGGUAACAUCGCUGUUGCCAACGAAACAGGGACCGUCCAACCGGAGUUGACCCAAACUUUGCUUCCUUCAUCUCCCUCUUCGAAUUCAAUUACCAUGAAGCAAAAAGGGAAGGCGAUGUUAGAUGUAAUGAAGCAACAUCUGGGGAACUUCUCAAAACGGAUCAACUUGAAGCUGGUGUUUGCACCAUCGACUAUCGGAGCGAUUGUGGGCUUCGUCGUUGGGACGAUUGGACCCUUGCGCAGGUUACUAAUAGGCACCACAGCUCCACUUCGAGUGAUCCAAGACUCCGCAUCCUUAGUCGGGGACGCAGCGAUUCCAACUGUGACGUUGAUAGUGGGUGGGAAUCUGUUAAGAGGUCUGAAAGGGUCUGGUAUCUCGUUACGAAUUGUGUUUGGAAUUGUAGCCGUUCGGUAUCUUUUGUUGCCGGUUUUUGGCAUUUUGAUCGUGAAAGGAGCACUAUAUCUUGGGUUGGUACCUGCAGAUCCUCUGUACAUUUUCGUUCUUCUGCUACAGUUUGCACUCCCACCAGCCAUGAACAUUGGUACGAUAACACAGUUAUUUGGUGCUGGCGAGAGUGAAUGUUCGGUGAUCAUGCUGUGGGCUUACGGUUUAGCAUCGAUCUCGCUUACCCUUUGGUCUACCUUCUUCAUGUGGCUCGUUGCUUGAUUUGUUUCGUACAUUCAAUAUAGGCAAUGUGACCCAAUGUUUCGAUUUGGAUUUUUAAGAACUAAUAAAUUUUGCCAUAACAAUCAUUUAACGACCAAAAUGUAGAACAUUUUACAUCAUUAAGUUACAACUCAUUUCC